AAAUUACCGUUUUUUCUUCAUAACAUACAGUUUUAAUGAAUAAGUGUUAUUUGAGAACAUUCCGAAGCUAAAGCGUUCCGUUGAGAACAUCAAGGAUCCGCUGUUCCGUUUCUUCGAACGAGAAGUUAAUCACGGCAUCCAUUUGUUGGCGGAUGUAAGAAGUGACUUAAUGGAGGUACACGAAGUUUGCAAGGGUGCACAGAAGCAAAGCAAUCACACUCGAGCGCUUACUUCAGCACUUAACAAAGGUCUCGUCCCAACUGAUUGGUUACGUUACACGGUACCGAAAGGUGUUACAGUUAUGACGUGGAUUCAUGAUUUCAUUGAACGAGUACGGCAACUUAUCAGACUGGCCGCAUCACCUUCGCUAAAGUCGAAUCAGUGGUCGCUUGAGGAGUUACACAUGCGCAUUGAAGUAGGCGUUGCCGAAGACCGACCUGACACUUUCAAAAUUGAAGCGUACAUUACUGCUACACGGCAAACUGUUGCGCAGUCGAAUCAGUGGUCGCUUGAGGAGCUACACAUGCGCAUUGAAGUAGGCGUCGCCGAAGACCGACCUGACACUUUCAAAAUUGAAGGUCUUCGCUUGAUGGGUGCCGCAUGUAAGAAAGGAAAUACGCUGGAGGUUGUAGAUGAAGUGAGUACAGAUCUGGAAAGCGUAGCACUUACCUGGGUGCGCGAAGCGAGCCCAACAAACAGCAUCACUUUGCCGGUCUAUCUGUACCAGGAUCGAAAGAAUUUACUAUUUACGCUCGACUUUGAUCCGGCCGCAAUUGAACGGACCACUUUCUAUGAGAGGAGCGUUGCUGUUGCAUCAAAUCACUCGAUGUCCUAG